GCAAACCAAAGCAACCAAAAUUUUACUGUGUGAUCAAAUUGGUGAGAGGGGUUUUGUUUGUUUCUGAGGAUGUUUUUCUUCUGGAGCCCAUUGUGGGAUCAUUGCUUCUCUCUCUCUCUUUUUCAAACUUUAUUAGCUAGUGAGGGCUAUACAGACAAUCCCUGUUGAAGAUGGGGAAGAGAGAAACCCAGAGAUAGAUAGAGAGAGAAAGGUGUUUGAAAAAGCUGAAAGUUAAAAGAAAGCUGAGUCUGGUAGUAACCCAAAGAGGAAAAAAUAAAUAAGCUUUUCCCUUCCUCUUUUCUCUUCAUCACCUUAACCCAUAACCCUUAACCCUCCUUCUCUUAAUGGCUUCCCUAGUAAGGAUUGACACGUUGCUCAACAACUCAUCGCUUCCCUCUUCUCAGCCCUUUUCCUGCGCCCAGAAUGCUACCACUGCCACUAAUAAAAGGAAGAGAAGGCCUGCGGGAACACCAGAUCCAGAUGCAGAAGUGGUGUCCCUCUCACCCAAGACCUUGCUUGAAUCAGAUCGCUACGUGUGUGAGAUCUGCAACCAGGGAUUCCAGAGGGACCAGAACCUUCAGAUGCACCGGCGCCGCCACAAGGUGCCGUGGAAGCUCUUGAAGAGGGAGACGCCGCUGGUGAAGAAGCGGGUCUUCGUUUGCCCGGAGCCUACUUGCUUGCACCAUGACCCGUGCCAUGCUCUGGGUGAUCUUGUCGGCAUAAAGAAGCACUUCAGAAGAAAACACAGCAGUCACAAGCAAUGGGUCUGUGAGAGAUGCUCCAAAGGCUACGCAGUGCAGUCUGAUUACAAAGCACAUCUUAAAACAUGUGGCACCCGAGGCCACUCUUGCGAUUGUGGCCGCGUCUUCUCAAGGGUGGAGAGCUUUAUUGAACACCAAGACGCGUGCAACGUGGGGCGGUUGGGGCCAGAAACGCAGGCAGUGCAAGCUGCUGCCGUAUGCUUGUCUCGAACAGCUUCAAGCCCUUCUAGCGAAAACAAUUUCAGCACAGGUGCCCCCUUGCAAAUCGGUGUAAUAGUUCCAAAGCCCCCGGAAACAUGUACAGUAGUAGAACCGGCCUUGUUCAGCAACACUACCACUGCACAAACCAACAACGACAGCAAAGUGAACAAACUCCAACCCAACCUUGAGCUUCAGCUCUCUACAGCCUCAGGCACAGGCAAUAAGAGUGAGGGAAACCCCUGUGCACAGUUGCAGUUAUCGAUAGGGUCAUUGGAAAAAGGGUGCAUGAGGGAGAAGUGGUUGGGAGAAAGGGUUGAAGAUGAGGCACGUGAGCAGCUGAGGAUGGCGGUGGCGGAAAAAGCGUAUGCGGAAGAGGCAAGGAAGCACGCUAAGAGGCAGAUGGAGCAGGCGGAACUGGAGUUCACUAAUGCCAAAAGGAUAAGACAACAAGCUCUAGCGGAACUGGACAAAGCCUGUGCCUUGAAGGACCAUGCAAUCAAACAGAUCAAUUCAACUAUGCUUCAAAUCACCUGUCUUGCUUGCAAGCACCAUUUCCAAACUGCUCCUUCCGACCACACCUCUUUCGUCUUCAGCUACAUUACAAGAGACGCUGCCCAACCUGGAAAACAUCGUCUCAAAGCCAUUAAUUAACUCAUAGACAGACAUCAUCUCCUCUCUCUCUCUCUCUUCUUCUACAUUUUUCAUACCCCAUCUUGUUUCUUCUUUGCUUUUCGUUAUUUUCAUCAUUACUUUGUUUUUCCUACCCUAAUUAAUAGCCUUUGUGAAAUUAUAUCCCUUGUGAGGUGAGUGAGUGCUACGGUUAUGUACGUUGCGAGGUGGUGGAAAAACGUAUGUUCUUAGUAAUGUAAAUUAUUCGCAUUUUGUGCCA